AUGAAGCGAUGCACCGCGGUCUGCUCAGGCCGUUCCCGGGUCGCCGGCGUUGCCAUUCAGCCCCGACGAUGGGUCUCCUACGAUAAAUCCACCCUCACCAAAGAGGCGCUGCUCCAGCAGGCUGAGUCGCAGCUCGGUCAUGAUGUCGACGGAAAUCCCCUUCGGAUCGACGCCGAUAAAAAAACAGUCACUACGGCCGUCGGGUCGCUCCCCAUAUCGCCCAUCAUGGACCCUGCUUGGAUGAAGGCCGGGCGCAGAGAGAAGAAGCGCGAUCCUGGCAACAUCAGCGGCCAGUUCCGCAAGAAGCUCUCUAACAACCCAUUCGCAAUGGCGCUCAUGACUCCCUUACGAAAGUGUAUCAACACAGAAUCCUACCUCCCGAGAUACUUCCUACAAGAUUUCGAACUCGUAGAGCAUCCCGAAAAGCCGGAGCAAGCCUGGUGGGCACCGGGGCCCUUUGCGUCCGAUUCUGUUGUUCCUGUAUACAAAUCAGGACGUUAUUCGCCCACAGGCCAGACAAAACGUCCAAAGAAGACCCCAAACGAAAACGGAGGAGUCGAGACCGAAUUUGAGAGUCGCACACAAGCGCCCCUCACAGGAUAUUGCCUCUCCCGUAAGAGUGUCCUGCAAGCCAUCUCUGGAGGAACCGCGCAGGAAAUCGCUGGCCGCAAGAAGCCCAACCGUAAUUUGAUAAAUCGACUCUUUGCGCAACGCAACGGCAUGGCAGCAAACGGUAUCAAGUUUAACAAUACCGUAUGGCGGUCCGACAUGGACGACUUCGUCCUAGAACACCACCGGCGCACAGCUGUAGACGCUCUCAUCUACCGUGCGAAACACAACACCGGCCCAGAUUUUAAGUUUCUGCAACCAGCUGCCAACUGGGAGGAAGUCAAGACCGUCGAGAAGAGAGGAUGUGUGCUCUGGCUGUCCGACAAGGUGGACCCUGUGGCAAACUCGUUCGCGACACUGGACGUGGAGGACGUCAAGUUCUGGAGCAAGAUGCCUGUGCACAACCUCACCUGGCUACUGGGAGAGCGAGAAGUCCAGAGGUUAAGGGAGUCGUCGAAAGUAUUCCGUGACAACCAAUUUAUAGUACUGAAGCUCUGGAGAAGCGCGAGCAUGAGGAAGCUGCAUCUACUCCUGUGGCGCCUGCAAGGAUAUCAGGCCCAGAUGAAGCGAGGAGAUAAAGACGAGCUAUAA